AUGGAAGGCAUAAAAGUUCUUUGGGAUGAUCUAAUGGCUUUCAAAAGGAAUGUGUCAGGACCUUGGCCAGUAGGAGGUGAUUUCAAUGCCAUACUUAAUAGUGAAGAGAAGCUAGGAGGGACUCAAAUAACAGAUUCAGAGGUUGAGGACUUUCAGAAUUUUAUUGAUACAAGCCAGCUUAAACAUAUUAAAUCCACUGGAUGUUUUUUCACUUGGAGUAAUAAGCAGGAUGCAUCUACAAGAGUCUGGAGCAGGUUGGAUAAAAUUCUAGUUAAUGAAGACUGGAUUUUCCAAUAUACAUCAAGCCAGAUGGAUUUUCUGAUGCCAUAUUGUUCUGAUCACUCCCCAGGAUUGUUAACAGUUGGAGAUGAAGGUCUGAUUACCAGGGAAAAGGAACACAUUAGGAAAUACACAAAGUUACUUGAUUGUGAAAACUCAUUUCACAGGCAAAAAGCUAAUAUCAAGUGGGGAUUGCAAGGUCAUAAGAGCACCCAAUAUUUCCAUGCUGUUAUGAAGAAUAAGAGACACCACAAUAGAGUGCUGUCUAUAUACACGGAAAAUGGUAUCAGGAUUACAGAUACACAAGAUAUCAUCUCUGAAUUCAUUCAAUAUUAUAAAAAACUGCUUGGAACCAUAAUACCCACUACACCUCCUGAUCCUGUGGUUAUCUCUAAAGGGCCAAUUCUCUCUUCCAAUCAACGCAUUGAGCUUAGUAAACCUGUCACCAGAGAGGAAAUUAGACAAGCUGUCUUCACUAUGUCAGAUGGAAAAGCCCCAGGCCCAGAUGGAUUUAGUGCUUCUUUCUUCAAGGCUGCAUGGGAAGUCAUUAAUGAAGAUAUAUUCAUGGCAGUUGAGGAAUUUUUUUAG